AUGUCAAUCAUAGGAAGUGAAAAACCAUUUUCAUGUCCAAUUUGCAACCGGCACUUCUCUCAAAGUUCAUCACUGGUUACCCAUAAAAGAACACAUACUGGUGAAAGACCAUAUCCAUGUAUGCAUUGCAACAAAGCUUUCACCGAUAGUUCAACACUAACGAAGCAUCUUCGAACACACACUGGUCAAAAACCGUACCAAUGUUAUAUAUGUAUGAUGCGUUUUACACAAUCUGGAAAUUUGCACCGCCAUAUGAAAACUCAUGAGACUAAUGAGAAAUGA